AUGCAUAAUUCACCUACUAGCAGUCUCUUUACCUUCCUUUCCGAUAUCGAUAUAUCUGAAGCCAAGUCUACUUUGACCAGUCGGAUGGAAAGUUCAUUAGGUGUUAUCACUCAGAAGUUCUUAAAACUUCUAAAAGAGUCUCCUCAGCUUGAAUUAGAUCUUAAUUAUGCUGCUACUACUUUAGAGAUUCACAAACGCAGACUUUAUGACAUCACUAAUGUCUUAGAAGGUAUUGGUUUCAUAAAAAAGAAGCUCAAAAACAAUGUCCUCUAUAUUGGUAAUCAAGGGCGUAAUAAGUGUAGUGAUUGUGGGGGAACGACUUUUCCAGGGACUAAAGAGCUUAGUGAGAUAGAAAGUUUGUUACGGGCUGAGAAGGAUCUUAAUACUGAGUUGGCUCAAGUAAAUGCAGAGUUGCAACAAUUGGCUUGUCAAGAGGACAAUAUGAGUUUAGCUUAUGUUACUUAUUUAGAUUUAAAGGAGAUUAGUGAUUUUUCGGCUAUCUCACUUUUUGCCGUUAAAACCCCACCUGGGACUCUUUUAGACUUUCCGCAAUCAGAGAAUAAGAAUGAGAACAUUGUUACUUUUUCUUCUAAUUAUGGUAAAAUAGACGUAUUCUAUCUCCAGGAUACAUUGGACAUGGUAAAAUAA